AUGCCACGUAAGCUACGUAAGAAUAUACGUAAGAGGAAGAGAGCAUUGAAACAUCCAAUAGUAAGACUGACACCACAACAACAGUUGCAACAACAAAUGCUGAAUGACCCCACUAUGUUGCAACAAAUGUCAAGCAAUCCUAUGCUUUUAAACCGAGUUUUUGGUGCACAGAGUGGAGGUUUAAGAGCGGCACUUUUAGCGAAAAUGGCAGGCUAUGGUGGAGCUGCAGACGGAACAGCCUAUAACCCUCAAAGUCAAAUGAAUUUGAGUUCACUCAAAAAUCAAAUAACAGAUGUCAAAAAGUCAAACAUAGACAUACAGAAGCAAAUAAGUGAAAACGAAAAGAAACUAGAAUAUGACAGACACACAAAGAAACUCAAUGAGUUAAACGUAGAGAAAAAGAAGAAAGAAGAACAACUGAAAGAACUAAGUACAGAGGAAUAUGCGAAAAAAGUGUCAGAAAAAGCAGCAGAAGUAGCAAAAAUGGAACAAGAUGUCAUAAAUUUGAAAAACCAUACUACUCAAUAUAAAGUACUGAAAGAUGAAGAGAUAAAACAAAAAGCCCUGAAGACAUAUAUGGAUAGCGAUGAGUAUAAAAAAGAAGUUGAAGCAAAUGUAAAGGCAGAAAAACUUUUACAGUUGCAAAACCAAACCGUACAGUAUGAAAACUUAGCACAAGAAAGUAAAAAUAACGACGCAGCCAUGCAAAAGGCAAUGAAAAGCGCAGAAUAUAUAAAAGCUAACAAUGACUGGUUAGAUACCCAAGCCAACGCUAAAGCAGCCCAACUUAUAGGGUCAAUAAGGACAAAAAUACAAGCGGAUGAAGACAGUUCAAAUGAAGCUUUAAUGAAUGCUGACUUUAAGAACGCCUUCGAAGCUCUUCAUAGUAAGGUGAAACAAGUGAACGAUUUCUCAUCUGGAAGGAGGCUGAAGUCUGAAGGUUUCGACAAAGAGUUAAAAGAAGUAGCACAAAAUAUGACGAAAAUAACAGAUGCAGCAACGAGACAGGCAGUUCAGAGUGCCUAUGACUCCGUUAGAGCAACUGUUGUGGAAAGUCAAGAAAAAGAGUUACAACAGACCAAAACAGACCUAGUAAAUGCUUUCUUAAGAACGAAAAGUCAGGUAGGACAUUACGCUGCAGAUGGAACUUAUAUACCACCAAACCCUCCAAGAGAAGCACCUGCACCAGGACUACCUAGAACAUUUACAUCGUCACAUGGACAAGAAAGUCUUGAAGAUGAAAUCUCAACAAAACAUAGACGAUGA